GCGGUGCGGCCGGUGCUGGGCGAGGCCGGAGAAAGUCCAUGUGAGCCGGAGCGCGGGGACGCGAGACUUCCUGCCGCCGCAGGCCGGACCGGGCCGGGCGCCCGCAGAUGUGCCCCGCUCGGGCGCUCCCGUGCUGAGUGUGAGGCGAGCCCUCUGGCGCCUGCCCGCCAUGUCUCAGCUGCUGCACAUCGAGAUCCCCAACUUCGGGAGCACGGUGCUCGGCUGCCUCAACGAGCAGCGCCUGCUGGGCCUCUACUGCGAUGUGUCCAUCGUGGUCAAGGGCCAGGCUUUCAAGGCCCACCGGGCCGUGCUGGCCGCCAGCAGCCUGUACUUCCGCGACCUGUUCAGCGGCAACAGCAAGAGCGCCUUCGAGCUGCCGGGCACCGUGCCUCCCGCCUGCUUCCAGCAGAUUCUGUCUUUCUGCUACACGGGCAGGCUGACCAUGGCGGCCAGCGAGCAGCUCGUGGUCAUGUACACGGCCGGCUUCCUGCAGAUCCAGCACAUCGUGGAGCGCGGCACGGACCUCACGUUCAAGGUGAGCUCGCCCCACUGCGACUCGCAGACCGCCAUGAUCGAGGACGCCAGCUCCGAGCCCCAGAGCCCCUGCAACCAGCUGCAGCCGGCCGCCCCCGCAGCCCCCCCCUACGUCGUGUCCCCCUCCGCGCCCAUCCCGCUGCUGACCCGCGUGAAGCACGAAGCCACGGAGCUGCCGCCGGCUGCCGGCCCGGGCCUGGCCCCCAAGCGCCCGCUGGAGACGGGGCCCCGGGACGGCGCCGCGGUGGCGGCGGGCGCGGCCCCCCUCAAGCUGCCCCGGGUCUCCUACUACGGGGUGCCCAGCCUGGCCACCCUCAUCCCCAGCAUCCAGCAGGUGCCCUACUCCCAGGGGGAGCGGACCAGUCCGGGGGCCAGCAGCCUGCCCACCACCGACAGCCCCACCUCGUACCACAACGAGGAGGACGAGGAAGACGACGAGGCCUAUGACACCAUGGCGGAGGAGCAGUACGGCCAGAUGUACAUCAAGGCCACCGGCGGCUACGCAGUGCAAGAGAAACCAGAACCUAUGCCGCUGGAGAGCCGCUCCUGUGUCCUCAUCCGCCGCGACCUGGUGGCGCUGCCCGCCAGCCUCAUCAGCCAGAUCGGGUACCGCUGUCACCCCAAGCUCUACUCAGAAGGGGACCCUGGCGAGAAGCUAGAGCUGGUGGCAGGCUCUGGCGUCUACAUCACACGAGGUCAGCUGAUGAACUGCCACCUCUGCGCAGGGGUGAAGCACAAGGUCUUGCUGAGACGGCUCCUCGCCACCUUCUUUGACAGGAACACACUGGCCAACAGCUGCACCGGCAUCCGAUCGUCCACUAGUGACCCAAGCCGCAAGCCUCUGGACAGCCGGGUCCUGAACGCUGUGAAGCUGUACUGCCAGAACUUCGCCCCCAGCUUCAAGGAGAGUGAGAUGAACGUGAUCGCGGCGGACAUGUGUACCAACGCCCGCCGCGUGCGCAAGCGCUGGCUGCCCAAGAUCAAGUCCAUGCUGCCCGAGGGCGUGGAGAUGUACCGCACGGUCAUGGGCUCCUCGGCCGCCGGCCCGCCCCUCGACCCCGACUUCCCGCCCGCCGCGGCGCAGGUGUUCGAGCAGCGCAUCUACGCGGAGCGGCGGGCCGACGCCGCCACCAUCGUGGCUCUGAGGACUGACACCGUGAAUGUCGACCUGAGCGCCGCCAACAACCCCGCGUUCGAGGCCGGCGAGGAGGCGGACGGGGCGGGCUCCGUCAUCCAGGAGGUGGCCGCGCCCGAGCCGCCGCCCGCGGCCGCCCAGAGCCCCCCGCAGCCCUUCGAGCAGGGCGGCACCAGCUCCAGCCGGCCGCAGACGCCCGCGGCGGCCCGGAGACAGGAGGCGUCCUACGCAGGGACCUUGUAGAGGAGCCGCCGGCCCGCGGGACGGUUUUCCAGCUGCUUGCAUGCGUUACUAAUACAACAAAUGUGAUCAAGCCACUUACCUACGGAACUGCUACUGUUGCCUGAAAAAAAUGUGAUUUUUAUCCUGCUUGUAUUUAAAGUUGAUGAAGG